AUGGGCAACCACCCGUCUGCCGUGGCCGACGACGGCCAGAGCUCGGUACACCGCCAGAGCUACACGGUGCGCGGCGAUCUCUACGCCCGCGCCGUCACGGCCUCGACCGUCAACGCCCGCGUCGUCUACGCCCGCAAAAUCACAUGCCAGCGCGCCCAGAUCAGCCGCCAGGAGCCCUUGCUGCCCCACAACUACCGCGAGCCGCCUCACCGCUCCAUCACGGCCCACACCGUCAGCGCCGACGCCAUCUACGCCGACGAGAUCAACUGCAAGACCCUGCGCUGCUACGACGUCGUCGUCGCCGAGGGCGAGUCGUGGCGUGCCAAGCGCAUCGAGUGGCAGGACCGCAACCAGGUCGACUGGGACGGCAAGGAGGACGACGAGAGCGAGGAGUCGGACAAUGACAGCGACGCCGAGACCACCCGCGACGCCGAGCGCGCCCGCCGCAAGAAGAUGGUCACCUACGGCGCUGCCGGUGCCCUGGGUCUUGCCCUGGGCGGCGCCGCCCUCGCCUACGGCCACCACCGCCACGAGGAGAAGGAGGAGAAGGAGAAGAAGGAGAAAGAAGAGCUGCGCCGCCGCGAGGAGGAGGAAGAGCAGCGCCGCCGCCGUGAGCAGGACGAAAAGCACCGCCACGACGACGAGGACAAGCGCAGGCGCGACGAAGAGGACCGCCGCCGCCGUGAGCAGGAGCAGCAGCACCACGCCCCGCCCCAGCAGCAGCAGCCCAUGCACGGCGGCGGUGGCGGCGACUCGCACGCCGGCCACCACCAGAAGAUGCACGGCGGCAACUACCACCUGUCGUCGCGCGGCCCGCGGCUGUGGUCCGACGGCAACCACUGCUUCCUGAUCGCCGAGUGCGACGCGGGCGGCGGCCGCUUCCAGGAGUCGCGCAUCGACCUCGACGAGAUCAUCACCAACCGCAACGGCGAGUUCGCCUGGGUGCACCGCGGCGAGCCGGGCAACUUCAGCGGCACCGCCGAGCGCUGGGAGAUUGUCGACGCCGGCAACGUCAUGGUCGCCGAUCUGCGCAAGGUCGACGGCUCCACCCACCGCCGCCGCUUCGUCCUGUCCGAGAAGAUCACCAACCAGGGCGGUCAUCUCCAGUACAUUGACUAG